AUGACUUUGACUUUGAUGAAGACGAGAGCGGCGUUGGAACGACAAAGACGCGGUGCACAGAAACAGAAACGAGUCGUUCGACGAUUUAAUAAUAAUAAUAAUAAUAAUAAUAAUAAUAAUAAUAAUAAUAAUAAUAAUAGUAGUAAUAAUAACGUUUCUGAUGAUGACGUUGUUUCGUCGCCGGCGACGAAGAAGACAAAGAAGAAGAAGAAGACGAAAGGAGGAGCGGAACAACAACGACAACAACAACCUGUUUUGACGACGACGACGACGACGAUUCAGAAGACGAUUCAGACGAAAAAGAAGAGGAAGAAAAGAAGCGGGGGUACUUUGAAGACUUUGAAGGCGCGACCGAGAACGAAAAAGUCGUCAUCGGAAAAGACAAAAGUCGCGGUAUCCGCCGCCGCGCUUCCUCCUGCGCCUCCUCCAAUGAACACCACCACCACCACCGCGCAAGGACCGUUGUUGUUCUCCGACGACGACACCGACGACGACGCCGCUUUGUUUUGGAAGGAGAUUGAUGCAGAUCCGGAGGAUUUCUUUUCGUUUGAUAAUGACGCCAGUAAUACUAAUAAUACUACUACUAAUAAUAACGUGGACGUUGGCGUUGAUACUACCGGUGGUGGUGAUACCGACGCGCGAUCGUCUGGCUCGAUUGUGGCGCCGAUGUCGCUGGAAGAAACGACCACGGACGCGUAUUAUUUUGGGGCCGAUAUGCGAGUCGCCAAGACGCCGGAACGCGUCGUUUGUACCGUGAAUUGUAAGACAUCCUCGCCGGGCGGCGAGUGCGGUGACGACGGCAGCGGAGAAAUGUUCUUCGUGCCAACACCAGCAGCGUCUGGCGAUCGCGCGGUGGUAAUAACAACACCUGAUUUUUGUUCUCGUCGAGACCGAGGAGAGAUUGUGCUCCAAGAGGAGGAGGAAGCCGAAGAGGAUGUCGACGGCGGUAGCUCUCGCAACUAUCUCGAAGAUCUCGCGGCGAUGCACGGUAUCGUGCUUCGAAGCACGGAUGGUGACGACGACGACUUUUACGACGACGACGACAUCGACGACGACCUCACCGAAGAGAACGUAAAAACAGCAACGACAACAACGGAAGAUUCGACGGUUACGUACGAAGAUCACGCGAACAAUAAUAGUAACACCACCAUCGAUAAUGACGAGAAACGAAGGAAGGCAAAGAAGUCAUCGACGACGACGACGACGACUACAUCUCAAACAUCCAUCUCGAAUGCUAAGAAAGAUGCGGAGCGAUUGAAACGUCUCGCAUCCAGAAAAAGGUGGGAAGCGACGUUGAAGACGUACACCGCGAUCGAGAGAACAAGCGUCGCGGAGGAAAAAUUGCAAAACUUGGAGGAGGUGGCGUUGCGGGAGAAAAUUUUCUUGAAAACCGAAGGCAAGAACGGCGGCGCGGUUAGAAAUAAGAAACGUAGUAACGGCAAAGACAACACGUAUGAUGAAGACGUGGUGUCGGAAAGCUUGAAAAAACACGCGGUCGAGCACGUGUCGAACAUGUCUUCUGAAGAAGAUCUUCUCGCUCCCGUCGCGAAGAAACAUAAACGGAAGCGCAGAGCGAGGCGGGAACUGCAACGACGCGUUAUUGUGAAACCAAACGCUUUACUCUUUACUGGAACAACGAAAGAAAAUGUACCGCCCGCGACGACAACGUUUGACGAUGUAGUUGUGAACGAAUCACUUUUCGAAGAAGAAGAAGAAGAAGAAGGAAGAGGAAGAGACGGAGGCGACGAAGAAGCGCAGCGAGGCAGGACGACGAGAACGAGAAAGCGUCAGAGAGAGCAGCGUCAUAGUAAGGAACGAGAACAAAGGCAAAAGAAGGGUGCAACCACCAACAGCUCUUUUUCCACGCUUUUUGACGACGUCGACGACUAUUUCUACCAAGACGAUAACUCAACGAAGAAGCCCCCGCGAAAAAAGAAAUAUCAAAAGAAGGAGAAGAAUAAAGCCGAAAAGGCGGCGGCAGAAAAAGAAGAAGCGACAGAGACAAAAGUGAACAUUUCCGCCGUCGUCGGUACCGACGCGAAAGCCACCGAUGUGAUCGUGUGCUCGACUACGGGUCGAGAGCGUGUCAUCGGGUGUUUCGAGUGUGGCAUCACGCAGACGCCGCAAUGGCGUCAAGGUCAGCACGGUCCAAAAACGUUAUGUAACCGCUGCGGCGUCGCGUAUAGGAAGCGGCAGUUGCUUAAUAGCUCCGCCCUAUUUUAG